AUGGCACCGGGACCGGAGCGCUUUGUUCAGUUCGUUCGUAUCUACUUCCCAAAUCUUCCUGAAAAUUUUGAUGACCGCAUUACCCAGCUGGCUCAAGCCCCUCAAGCCAUUCUUGUCGGACGCCAAGAUGACAGUGACCAAGAUACCAGUUCCCUCGGUGUCUUGAGCGCUGGUGCUGCUGCGCGUGGUGGAAAUGCUGUCGUUGUCGCUCCAGCCCCUCAAGCCAUCAUUGAGCAAGGCCAAGAUGACGGAGGCCAAUAUGGCGGUACCCUCGGUAGCGCUGACAGGGAACAGCUCAUGCAAGGUUCCGUCAUGACUGGCGUAGCUGGCUCCCGCUCGGGUGAUGAAACUGCUGGUGUUGCGUCGCUGGUUAGAGCUAUUUGGGCGGCAGGUGCGUCGGAUGUGCCGUCCGUUCAGGACUUGGAGCCGUUGCACGAUCCGCAGGAGGGAACAACUGCGGUGAGUCUACAGGGAUCUGGUCAGGGAAAUGUCGAGGACGAAACGACCAGCCGCCCUGUGGUCUCCCAAGAAGAAGGAGAAAAAGAGGACGAAGAAGAAGAAAAGAAGCCCCGUGCCAAGAAGCCCCGAAUUGACUAA